AUGUCAGAUUACGCUUUUAUUCCUGCGGCACAGCUAGGAUAUGCAGAAAAUCCUGGGAGCGACCAUCCUCAAAUAUCCGAAACCCACUCUCGUUUAGGUACAAUGCUCGAUUUUCAGCAGGGCUAUUUCUCCGACUUCGCUGGGCAGCAGAGACAAGAACAAAGAGAUAGUUAUGAAGGUGGCCCGCACAGAUACUCCUCGGGCGAUUUCCUUUCCUCACCGACGACCAUGCCCCCAAUGCUUAACACCAAUGAUCUUCCGUUACCUGGACUACCUAAUCACCAGGCUCCUCUUGAACCACGAGAUGUCCCAUUUGCAGUUUAUGAUCCGCACAAUGAAAAUAUCCCUAUGUCCAAAUUUGAUAAUAUUCCAUCGGUUCUAAGACAUAGAAGUCGGACGAAUCCGAAGCGCCCAGCCUAUUGGGUUUUAGAUCAGAAGGGGAAGGAAACCGCCUCAAUCACCUGGGAUAAACUCACUAGUCGAGCGGAAAAAGUUGCCCAGGUCAUUAGAGACAAGAGCAAUCUCUAUCGAGGAGACCGCGUUGCGCUGAUCUACCGAGAUGCCGAGAUUAUCGAAUUUGCUGUCGCCUUGAUGGGUUGCUUCAUCGCUGGCGUGGUUGCUGUGCCGAUCAACAACCUCGAAGACUAUCAAAAGCUCAAUGUUAUAUUGACAUCGACGCAGGCGCACUUAGCUCUGACCACCGACAACAACCUAAAAGCUUUUCAGCGAGACAUCACAAUGCAAAAGCUCAGCUGGCCUCGAGGAGUGGAGUGGUGGAAGACGAACGAGUUUGGCAGUUUUCACCCCAAAAAGAAGGACGAUGUACCUCCAUUGCAGGUCCCGGAUCUUGCUUACAUUGAGUUUUCUCGAGCACCAACGGGUGAUCUUCGUGGAGUAGUUAUGAGUCACAGAACAAUCAUGCAUCAGAUGGCUUGUCUUAGUGCGAUAAUUGCCACGGUUCCUGGGAGUGAAGGGGGAUUAGAUUCGCAAAGUGCGCUCUUUCGCGACAAAAGCACACGACCGUUUGCGCACGGGGGGACAGGGGAGAUCCUCCUUAGUUACCUUGACCCUAGGCAGAGCAUCGGCAUGAUCCUUGGGGUUCUUCUGACCGUGUAUGGAGGGCAUACCACGGUCUGGAUUGAGUCGCAUGCCGUAGAGACGCCCGGGCUCUACGCUCAUCUGAUCACAAAAUACAAGGCGACCCUCAUGGUUGCAGAUUAUCCGGGCCUGAAAAGAGCUGUCUACAAUUAUCAAGCGGAUCCAAUGACGACAAGAAAUUUCAAAAAGAAUGUCGACCCGAAUUUUGCUUCUGUCAAGCUUUGCCUUAUUGACACAUUGACUGUUGAUGGAGAGUUUCAUGAGAUACUUGCUGAUCGUUGGUUAAGGCCUUUGAGAAACCCUCGAGCGAGGGACUUGGUGGCGCCGAUGCUUUGCCUUCCAGAACACGGAGGCAUGGUGAUAAGCGUACGAGAUUGGCUAGGAGGAGAGGAGCGCAUGGGAUGUUCGCUAAUUUUGGAUGGCUCGAAUACAGCCACAUUGUCAGAGGAAGAGCCAGAAGAGAAGACGAGGUUUUCCGGUCACAGUGGUUAUGGAAGCUUGAUUGGGGGGACAGCAAUCGGGGCAGAAGAUAGGAAAGGGCGCAACGAGCUGAGUGAGGUGCUUCUUGAUAAAGAGGCUCUAAAAACAAAUGAGGUGAUUGUGGUCGCGAUUGGAGAAGAAGCAAGAAAAAAAGCUGGCAUAGAACCUGGUACUGUCCGAGUUGGAGCCUUUGGCUAUCCUAUUCCGGAUGCAACUCUGGCCGUUGUCGACCCAGAAACGAGUUUGUUGUGUUCGCCGCAUGUGAUUGGGGAGAUUUGGGUCGAUUCCCCCUCCUUGUCUGGCGGCUUCUGGGCCCUACCAAAGCAUACAGAAACCAUUUUCCACGCGAGACCCUACCAUUUCGUUGAGGGGAGUCCUUCGCCUGUGCCCAUAGACCUGGAAUUUCUAAGAACUGGUCUCCUCGGUUGUGUCAUUGAAGGUAAAAUUUUUGUGCUCGGCUUGUAUGAAGACAGGCUGAGGCAGAAGGUUGAAUGGGUCGAGCAUGGAAUGGAUGUUGCAGAAUACAGAUAUUUUUUUGUGCAGCACCUAAUUAUCAGUAUUAUGAAGAACGUUCCGAAAAUCUAUGAUUGCUCUGCUUUUGACGUCUUCGUCAAUGAAGAGCACUUACCGAUUGUGCUAUUGGAGUCUAGCGCUGCAUCCACUGCACCUUCAACAUCAGGUGGGCCUCCAAGGCAGUUAGACACAGCGCUUUUGGACUCGCUGUCUGAAAGAUGCAUGGAAAUACUGUAUCAGGAACAUCAUGUUCGUGUAUACUGUGUGAUGAUCACGGCUCCAAAUACUCUUCCGAGGGUAACGAAAAAUGGGAGAAAAGAGAUUGGCAAUAUGCUUUGUCGAAAAGAAUUUGACAAUGGUGCUCUGCCCUGUGUCCAUGUUAAGUUCGGAGUGGAGAGAGCAGUUUUGAAUCUUCCCGUUGGUCACGACCCUGUUGGGGGUAUAUGGUCACCAUUGUCAACCCAGAACAGGCAGGAUAAUUUGGCAUUGCAGGAGAAACAAUAUUCUGGCGUAGACUAUCGCGAAGUUGUGAUAGAUGACCGCACCUCGACACCACUGAAUAGUUUCUCUAGCCUUGUCGAUUUGCUGCAAUGGCGUGUUUCGAGACAAGCGGAGGAACUCUCUUAUUGCACAAUUGAUGGCCGUGGUCGUGAAGGGAAAGGAAUUACCUGGAAGAAGUUGGACACGAAAAUUGCUGCGGUUGCAGCUUUUAUAAAAAAUAAAGCGAAAGCCCGCCCAGGUGAUCGUUUGAUAUUGAUGUACACCCAUUCGGAGGAUUUUGUUUUAGCAGUUCACGCGUGUUUCUGCCUUGGAGUCGUGGCUAUUCCUGUCGCUCCGCUCGAUCAAAAUCGUCUCCAUGAGGAUGCACCGGCUCUGCUUCAUAUGAUCUCGGAUUUCAAAGUCAAGGCAAUUCUAAUGAACUCUGAGGUCGAGCAUUUGUUGAAGCAAAAGCCGGUUUCUCAACACCUGAAACAGUCUGCGCUGGUGCUCAAAGUCGCUCUUCCCAACUCAUACAAUACUGGUAAGCCUCCGAAGCAGACGAACGGAUGCCGGGAGCUUGGCUUCAUUAUGAAGCCGGAGUGGGUUGCUUCAAACCAACCCGCUUUGGUAUGGACAUACUGGACCCCCGAUCAGAGGCGAGUUGCGGUUCAGCUGUGCCACGAUACAAUUAUGGGGAUUUGUAAAGUGCAAAAGGAAACGUGCCAAAUGACAAGCUCGAGGCCUGUCCUGGGAUGCGUAAGGAGCACGAGUGGCAUAGGCUUUCUUCACACAUGUUUGAUGGGUGUUUUUGUUGGUUCUCCGACGUAUCUCGUCUCCCCCGUCGACUUCGCCCAGAACCCCCAGUCCCUUUUCUUGACUUUGUCAAGAUAUAAGAUAAAAAAUACUUAUGCCACCUCACAGAUGUUGGAUCACGCAAUGAAUACGAUGCCCGGCAAAGGAUUUAUGCUACAAGAAUUGAAGAAUCUUAUGAUUUCAACAGAAGGAAGACCCAGGGUGGACGUCUUCCAGAGAGUUCGACUCUUCUUUGCAGCAGCAGGUCUAGAUCGGACUGCCAUUAACACCAUCUAUUCCCAUGUGCUGAAUCCAAUGAUAGCAUCACGAUCUUAUAUGUGUAUUGAGCCGAUUGAGCUUUGGCUGGACGCGCGCGCUCUGCGCUGUGGUCUGGUUUUUCCCGUGGACCCCGACACUGAUCCUUCGGCUCUUUUGAUUCAGGAUUCUGGAAUGGUGCCGGUGAACACGCAAAUUGCUAUAGUGAAUCCUGAAACCUGUCGCCUUUGCCACGUCGGCGAGUAUGGAGAAAUAUGGGUGCAGUCGGAAGCCUGUGUCAAGUCGUUCUACGGCUCGAAGGAUAUUUUUGAUGCUGAAAGGUUCCGUGGCCAGACUGUAGAUGGGGACUCCCAGGUGACCUACGUACGCACCGGUGAUCUAGGUUUUCUGCAUAAUGUCAGUCGCCCAAUUGGUCCUGGUGGAGCACUUGUCGAGAUGCAGAUCCUUUUUGUUCUUGGUGCAAUAGGGGAUACUUUUGAAGUGAACGGCCUCAGCCAUUUCCCGAUGGACAUCGAAUAUUCGAUUGAAAAGUGUCAUAGGAAUAUCGUCCCGGGCGGGAGCGCCGUUUUUCAAGCCGGUGGACUAGUUGUGGUCCUCGUCGAAGUCAUUCGAAAAGCCUACCUUGCAUCUAUCGUUCCAGUCAUCGUCAAUGCAAUAUUGAACGAGCAUCAAUUAAUCGUUGACGUUGUGGCAUUUGUGUCGAAAGGAGACUUCCCAAGGUCACGCUUGGGUGAAAAGCAGCGCGGCAAGAUUCUCGCGUCAUGGGUAACAAGGAAACUUAGAACGAUUGCUCAGUUUAAUAUCAAGGACUCGGAUGGAGCCGACUCACAAGUUACCGAAGUGGCACCGCCCAGAAGCGAACCUGUCAGUGUGAGAAAUGGCAGCAUUUCUGGAGGUAACGGAAGCGGGAAGUAUGUCGAGAGUUCUUCGACUCCUAUUAUCGAGGCACAUAUUCCUGAAGAGCACAACCAAAAAUAUUUAAUUCAACCCGAAGAGGAAAUACCUCUCCCUCACGGCAUCUCAGAGAUGCCCACUCACUAUGACGAUUCUAUCCGGGAAAAUUCUCUCUCCGACCAAGACGCAGCAAGCCAUGAUGUCAACAUCGUUCCUCCAUCAAAGGACUAUGUUGGACUCCCUGAAGCGCUCUUGCCGGAAGCAAUUUCUGGGAUGAGUAUCAGCCCGGAGAUUCCAGUCAACCAAGAUGAAAACUUCAACAAUGUGCCUACUUCAACCAAUGACGCACACCAUGCAGCUAGAUCUUUGCAAGACGAACCACCUGAGCCUCUGUAUAGCAAGAAGCCAGUUUUAAGUCCUCCGUCGAUUCCUAGCCAUGAAUCUUUGGAACCUAAAAACGAUCUUUGGUCGCUUCCGUCUCGCCGGCAAGGUGUUUUGAGAGCAGUUAACAUUGGAGACAGAGACCUGGAAGAGGAAGACUGGCCGGAGGAUCCGACGAUACAGAAUAGUUCGAGCUCUGCGAGCCAUUUACAUCACGGAAGUAGUAGAUAUGACGGCAGCGGCUAUGGCAGCGCGGUUUGA